GUCACCUAUUUUGCUAACCAUAUCCUUUAAAGGUAUGGGAUGACAUGCUUUUGCAAUGUAUCAGUGGAAACCAGCGCGCCCUUUCAUAGAUCUCAAGGUAGAACUUGAGCUCUUUGAAGAUGCCCUGAAUGUGUGGCUACACCAAACUUGUGAAAGCGCCCUGUGUUCCCCAAAGUGAUCUCCCUACCACCGAGGAGCCGAGUCCCCCACUUGGAGAGAAUCCCCAGGCUCCACUACCAUGAAGGUGAAGAUUAAGUGCUGGAACGGCGUGGCCACUUGGCUGUGGGUGGCCAACGACGAAAACUGCGGCAUCUGCAGGAUGGCAUUUAAUGGCUGCUGUCCCGACUGUAAGGUGCCCGGCGAUGACUGCCCCCUGGUGUGGGGCCAGUGCUCGCACUGCUUCCACAUGCACUGUAUCCUCAAGUGGCUCAACGCGCAGCAGGUGCAGCAGCACUGCCCCAUGUGCCGCCAGGAGUGGAAGUUCAAGGAGUGAGGUGGCCCCAGUGCCCACUGCGCCCGCCCAGACAGCUUCCCGCGUGACCUGACACCGCCUCGCAUUGGGACUGGGUGGCCGUGGUGUCUGCUGGGAAUGGUCCCCGGGGCUGUUGUGAAGUUGAAAUGAGGACUGGAGCUGCCCUUGUUUUCAUCACAUUGACGCUUUUAUCUAAUAAGCAAAGUUCAUUAAGCUCCCCAAGCCUUGCUGGAGGCCUCUGGUUGCUGGCUUGCUUGGAAUAUCGAUGCAGCCUUGGUGUGUUUUGACACAAAAACGCUCAUGAAUAAACAUGUUGAUGAAGCGCU